AAUUUUGUUUAACAGAAACUAAAAGCUGUAAUUUUUUGAUUUAGUGAUUCUGCCGACUGUCGUGUAUCCGGUAUACCCGAGAAGAAAAGCCCAUGUUUAUUUUGCGUCUAGGCGCUUCCCAUUCAACCUUCUCUUGCUUUGUUUACCACCAUCAAGAUAUAGAGAUUUGUUGGAGCUUUUAACAUUGAGAUCUGUACCAUUCUUUUUUCGGUUUCUGUAAUUUCACUUUUCUCUGGUUCUGAUUAUUCCUUCUUAUAAUUUUCAUUGGAGAUCAAUUUCUUUUUUCCUUUGAUUUUCAUUGAGCUUCAUGUAAGUUGAACUUCUUUCAUUGCUUGCCUUGACUGAUAAUAUGACUUGUCGAUCUUAUGAGGUUAGAGAUAUGAAUGUUUUUUCUUGUUUUAUAGAAUUCCUUAGCCGUGGUCCCCGUAGCUUUUGCAGUUUUUUUCUGUGUCAAUUUCGUGGUUUGAUUUAUUUAGUUUGUUCUGCAGAUGAGGCUUUUUGCCUGUACAAUCACAUGGAGGUUUUAAUGAAUGAGAACUUUAACGAACUUUGUAUUUUACUCUUGCAUAUUUGCAGAUAGAAACCUAUUUUUUUCUUUGUUCUUUUUUUUUGCAGCUGUCCUUAGCUGUUUUGUCUGGAAAUUAACGCACGUGUUUACAAAAUUGGUUUUUAGUUGCAAGGUUAGUUGAUCCUUGGAGUGAUUGAGGGGGAGCUGGAUGCUGUUUUCUUACAUAUUUUAAUAUGGAAAAGAAAAAGGCAAUCUCUCAAUACAGAGAGAGGCUGGACGACACUCUGUCCUCUGCUGAACUGACUGAUCCCGAGACACUUAAAACCCUUGUCAAGAAUCAGAUUUUACGAUAUGCACAACAUGAGAAAGAAGAAUUUAGUGAACAUUUAUUGGACAAAAGGGCUCAGGAAGUAUCCAAUUUUCUCGACAUGUUAAGGAGUACUUCUGUUGAUGAUCAUCAAGUGUCAGAAUCCAGUGAGACAUCACAUGGGGAAUGGAAGUUGAAGCAUGAUAAUGAAGAGUUCCGUGUUAUGUACCGUGAAGGACCUCAUGGCACCCCUUUUCAUACUUUACUUGUUGAAGGCUAUGUAGAUGGGCCUUUGGAUGUUUGUUUAUGUAUCUCUUGGGAGUCACCCCUAUACAAGAAAUGGUGGCCUCAGUCUAGCUUUCCACCUUUCAAAGUAACUAGUUCCACCUGUUUGCAAAAGAUCCGAAUUGGUGAACAGAUAGCUCUAGUGAGGGUGAAGGUUGCAUGGCCGCUGUCAGCUAGGGAGGCUCUAGUACACUAUUUUUUCUUUGAGUACUUUCAAGAUGAUCUGAUUGUUAUUCUUGUGAACACGAUAUCAGAUGUGAACGACAUUGAUAAAGCAACUCAUGGAUUUACUAAUGAUGGAAUCCCUGAAGCAAAAGAUGUUGUAAGGAUUGAUGUAGUUGGAGGCUUUGCUUUGCAGAAGGUGAACAACGAGAGAAGCUACUUUAGUCUACAAUGCUUACAGACUGUGGCUUCUGUCACUAAUAGCGAUGAGGAUUACAGCAAAGCCUUGGGAGACCCUCUGUUUUGCCUAAUUCGUGGAGCUCUUUUUUCCAAUAACAAAUCAGGCGAAGUUCCUGAAGCACAAGAAAUUAAAAGGGAACCUGAUAUUUUGCCUAAGGAGAAUGAAAUUGUGCCUAACGAGAAUGUAAUUGUAGACAUACAAGAUGGCACACACGAUGCAGAACCAGAGGUUCAUGCUAAUGAACCUGCUGGUGAAUCUCCACCGAAGAUAGCACAAGACGCAAAGAGAAAAGCUUUUGGUGAAAUCGAGGAAGAAGAAAGUGAAGAGAGUACAUGCUUGGAGGAGAGCAUUAAGGCUGCAAAUCAACCUUCAACCAAUAGUUUUGCUGAUUCAAGUGGCGUAAAUGCUAAACAAAGGGUUUCUAUUCGUCCAGAGGUGGAAGAAGCUCUGGGAACGUUGGAGAAGGCCAUUUCAAUUGUACGGCAAUAUAGAUUUAAUGCCCAAAGCAGAUCUUCUAGUUUCUCUGAUGAAGAAACUCCGAAUUUUGAAGAGGGUGCUGUAGAAGAGUCAACUUUUUCUGCAGAAGCCAAUGUUUGUUCAAAAGUCGAGGUUGGUCAUGAAGCUGGCUCCAAAAAGUUCGCGGAGGAUUUGGAGAUGACUUCGGAUAACUCCAAGAAUAGCAAUGACAACACAAGGUCUGGUGGACCAAAUUCUAUGUCAAGGGAAGUACACCAUAACAAAGUAGUACCGGCAUCGCCUCAUCAAAAUGCAUCAAUGCUACCAAUGGAUGGUAACCAGUUUGGUUUGAAUUCUUAUGGGAAUGGAACCAUAAAGACAAAUGGGUUUCAUGAAAAGGGUGUAAAUGAUGUUGAAAAGCCAAAUAAGUGGAGAAAGCAUAGGUACUGUUGCUUUGGUUUCAAUUCAGGGUAGGUAUUAGCCUCCACCCCUGAAGAAGACAGACCUUAGAUGGAUGAAAGUAAGGCAUUUCAUUUUAAUAAGACCUAAUAGAGUGGAUUUUGUAACAUCUUAUACAAUAAUACAUAGUUUUUUCGGUGAUUUUAAGUAUAUGGUGUAAUAUGUUGUAAUUUGUAACCCUAAAUAUGUUUUUAAGUACCAAUUUAAACAGCUUUGUGCCA